AGCAGCCGCCAACACUGUGAAGUGGCACUUCCGAUGGUGGUGACGAGCCAUGGCGGCCGAUGAUAAAGUGGCCAUCCUCACGGAUGACGAGGAGGAGCAGAAGCGGAAGUACGUGCUCGCCGAUCCUUUCAAUGGCAUUUCCAGGGAGCAGGAGCCGCCGCCUCACGAGACCCCCUCGUCCACAGCCACGGAGGCCGCCCCCGAGGAGGAGGUGGACUGGAUCGAGAGACACUGCGUGAAGAUCAACAACGACCUGCUCAUCUCCAAGGUCUUCUACUUCUUCUUCUACGCCGCAUACGGCUCUCUGUACCCCCUGCUGCCCGUGUACUACAAGCAGCUGGGAAUGUCCCCCAGCCAGAGCGGGCUGCUGGUGGGCAUCCGCUACUUCAUUGAAUUCUGCAGCGCCCCCUUUUGGGGCGUGGUUGCCGAUCGCUUUAAGAAGGGCAAAAUCGUCCUCCUCUUUUCUCUUCUGUGCUGGGUUUUAUUCAACCUGGGCAUCGGCUUUGUCAAACCCGCGACCUUGCGGUGUGUACCAAAGACUCCCCCAACGGCCCGCCCUGCCAACACGAGUCACCUGCUAACCCUCCUGCCAGCGAAUUCCUCCUUCCUCUCUUCCGCGACGCCGCCACCGCCACCGAGGCCGCGUGAGAGGAGAGGCCUGCUCCUUGCCAGUGGGCCCACGGCGGCGGGAGACACCGGGCCCAACGUCACGGAGCCUCUCACCUUCCCAACAGCCUUCGACAGGACCAGCGCGCGCACGCUGCCGCCGCAGACCGAGGACGUGACAGACCUCAGCAAGGACCUGACCUUGAUCCCAAGCACUGCAGCCCCUGCCCCCCCGGGGAUUGUCACCAGAGAGCCCACCACUACCAUCGUCACUACCACCAGGGCUUUACCUUCUGACCAGGUCACUCUGGUUUACGACCAACAAGAAGUGGAAGCCAUCUUCCUGGUGAUCCUGGUGGUGGUCAUCAUCGGAGAGUUCUUCAGUGCCUCUUCCGUCACCAUUGUGGACACGGUGACGCUCCAGUACCUGGGCAAACACAGGGACCGCUAUGGGCUGCAGCGCAUGUGGGGCUCCCUGGGCUGGGGCCUGGCCAUGCUGUCCGUGGGCAUCGGGAUCGACUACACCCACAUCGAGGUGCUCGUCCACGGGAAGGGGUGCCGGCCCCCCGAGUACCGCAACUACCAGAUCGUCUUCAUCGUCUUCGGGGUCCUCAUGACCAUGGCCUUGAUCGUGGCCACUCAGUUCCGCUUCCGCUACAACCACUUCAAAAGUGACGAGGGUCGAGGCAAGGAGGUGGAGAUCGCCCCGGUGGAGAGAGGCAGCCCCACCGAGUCCGCCGAGGAGGUGCCCGCCGCGAGCCACGCGCAGGCCGCCAGCUUCUGGGACCUCAUCCGCCUGCUGUGCAGCGUGCAGUACGGCUCCGUGCUCUUCGUGGCCUGGUUCAUGGGCUUUGGCUACGGCUUCGUGUUCACCUUCCUCUACUGGCACCUGGAGGACCUGAACGGGACCACCACCCUCUUCGGGGUGUGCUCUGUGCUGAGCCACGUGUCCGAGCUGACGGCUUAUUUUUUCAGUCACAAGCUCAUUGAGUUGAUCGGCCACAUCAGGGUUCUGUACAUCGGCCUGGCCUGCAACACAGCGCGCUACAUCUACAUCUCCUACCUGGAGAACGCCUGGACCGUGCUUGCCGGCGGCCGGCUGGAGAUCGGUGCCCAGGGCAUCCUGCAGGGCCUGCACCUGGGUCUGGGGCGAGGCUGCGGGGCCAUGAUCGGAGGUGUGCUGGUCAACUACUUCGGGGCUGCUGCCACCUUCCGGGGAAUCGGCAUGGGCUGCCUGGUGAUCCUCCUGCUCUUCGCCCUGAUCCAGUGGCUGGCAGUGCCGGACGAGGAAGAAGAUAAGACAAUGUUGGCCGAGAGGAUUCCGGUUCCAUCCAGUCCUGUCCCCAUAGCAACCAUCGACUUGGUCCAGCAGCAGCCGGAGGACGUCCUGCCGCGCGUGGAGCCACGCCUCCCACCCAAGAAGACCAAGCACCAGGAGGAGCAGGAGGACGCCAGCAAGCCCGCCUGGGGCGUCAGCGCCUCCCCCUGGGUGACCUUUGUCUACGCCCUCUACCAGGUGAAGGAGAUGAUGCUGCUCGCCAGGGAGAGCCACGCCUCGGAGAUCCAGCCUCUGCAGGGGACCAGUGAGAACCGGGGAGACUCGCCCGCUGCUGGAGCCCGGCCCGCCCCCAGUGACAAGCCCUCUGACCCACCUAGCAGCCAGCCGCCCCCUCCAUCAGCAGCAUCGCAGAGCAGCUCCGCCCACCCCAGCUCCAACCAGCCUGCAGAGGAGGGUGGGGAC